GGGGCGGGGGCUGCUUGCACAUGGCAUUGUGGAAUGCUACCAUUAAUGUGUGGGGAGGAGACGAGGAGUUGGGGGGGAUGCCAGUGGGAAGCCGGGUGCCUAUGGCUGGUACUGCAAGAGUUUGCAAGAGAUCCCGAUCUCCGCCUCGUAGAGUCGCUGAUGUUUGCCUUAAAGAUUUCUUACUCCGUUCCCCACGAUUUUCAGACGCUUUGAUUUUGCCCUCCGGGGGGCGCCCAAGCCCAUUUUGUUAAAGCUGCGUUAUAUAUCAUAUACUAUACAGUACAGCCAGAUUGAUAAAGGACUAGAAUUUUCUCCUCCAAUAGUUUAGACCUGGAAUUAAAGUUUAGGAACCAGCAAACCUCCCAGAACCACCUGCUAAUAACAUUGUUUUUUAUAGAGACGCCUACCCAGAAAUUUAGACUGUUGCUGUGUGUUUUAAUCUGUUUUGGGUUUGUUGCUGAUUUUAUUUUUCUGGGUCUUUUAAAUUAUUGUUAAAUCUUUUUACUUUUUCCGUGAAUUGCCUCGAGGGUUGUUGUUGUUAGCAGUGUAUAAGUUUCUUUAAUGAACAAAUAAAAAAUAAAAUAUCAUGGGGUUCCCCCAAUCACUUUUUUUUUUUAUUACUAUUUUUAAACCAACCCAGAUUCUUCCUCACCUGCUUGAAUGCAACUGAAGACCUUUCUCUACCAGCCUGCCCCACACCGGGUGACCUCGGGCCCCCUCACUAUCCUUCAGCCUAGCCUACCUCACAGGGAUGUUGUGCGGAGGCUGAAACAGGAAACGGGCGCGCUGAUUGGUUGGCUGGCCGCUUGGGCCGGCGUCCCGACGCGCGCCGCGCGACAGACCAGCUCCUCGAGGCCUCACAGGACAGAACUCUACCACGACAUCCCGCCAACAUGCUGGCCGAUUGUGUAUUCUCCAGAUUACAAUAUUACAUUCAUGGGACUGGAGAAACUACAUCCAUUCGAUGCUGGAAAAUGGGGGAAAGUAAUAAAUUUUUUGAAAGAAGCAAAACUAAUUGCCGAUGAUCUGAUUGUACGAGCUCGAGAAGCAACUGAAGAAGACCUUUUAGUUGGUCACACAAGAAGCUACUUGAAUCGAUUAAAGAAUCAUAUACUGGAAAGCGUUGAAGAGUGGUCCUUUGUUGUGGCGACAAUUACAGAAAUCCCACCUGUUCUUUUUCUGCCCAAUUUCCUUGUUCAGAGAAAGGUGCUGAGGCCCCUGAGAACUCAAACUGGAGGAACAAUAAUGGCAGGGAAACUGGCCAUUGAGAGAGGAUGGGCAAUUAAUAUUGGUGGUGGCUUUCAUCACUGCUCAAGUGAUAAAGGUGGAGGGUUUUGUGCAUAUGCUGAUAUCUCAUUGGCUCUGAAGUUUUUAUUUGAAAGGAUGGAAGGAGUUUCUAAGGCAACUAUCAUAGACCUGGAUGCGCAUCAGGGAAAUGGCCACGAAAGAGACUUUAUGGAUGACCGAAGAGUGUAUAUUAUGGAUGUUUACAACAGGUAUAUUUAUCCAGGAGAUGGAUUUGCUAAACGAGCCAUAAGGCGGAAAGUUGAAUUGGACUGGGGCACAGAAGAUGCAGAGUAUCUUCAGAAAGUAAAAACGCACAUGGAAGGUGCACUGAACGAAGUAAAAUCGGACAUCAUUGUUUAUAAUGCCGGAACGGACAUCUUGGAUGGUGACCCCUUAGGAGGCCUGGCUAUUUCACCUCAGGGGAUUAUCGAUCGCGAUGAAAUUGUGUUCAGAGCUGCUAGGAAACACAGAAUCCCUAUUUUGAUGGUGACCUCUGGAGGCUAUCAGAAGAGGACAGCAAGGAUUAUCGCAGAUUCCCUUCUCAAUUUGCAUAGCCAAGGCCUGAUUGAGAAGGAGACUGCCUUUGGUGAAGCUGGAGGGGCCAAGGUAGAAACGAUGCAUGGAAAAUAAAAGGGAGAUCGGCUAACUUGUCACCGCAGAACGAGGACGUUGGGGUUAUUGUAGAAGGAAACUCUUAAUUGUUUAAUAUUUAAACCGAGAGACAAGAAAUGCUCCAGUUCUUGUAGAAUUAAUAUAUUCUAAUGGCGAAAGAUAAUUAAUUUGCCUGUACUUACCAGCUGCAGUCAGUGGUCCCACAAGGAAUACCAACAGAUUAUGUUUCUCUCUCUUCCAGUGCUUUUAAAUGCUGCUUUUAAAAGAUUAAGACGGGCAUAAAUUCUGGAUUUGGUUAUUUCUUGCUGUGGCCAGAGUGGUAAAAAACACUAAUAUUCUUUGUUACAGUAGUCCGUUUUUCUUUUCAAAAGAGAAUUAUGUAAUAUCUUAAUUUUUUAACUUAUUUAUUUUCUUAUCUGGGAAACCUCCAUCCGGCUUAAUUUUUCAAAAGAAACAAGACAGCUAACAAUUCCAGCCAGAUGGGCAGGGUAGAAAUAACAAAGUUAUUAAAAUUAUUAUUUAUCCAAGCUCCACACAAUAGUAAAAUACAUCACAAUCCCCAUCCAUAGCUGCAGUCAAAAGACCAAAGUAUUGGUGUGAAAAACUAAUAAUUUCAAAACAGCCAGUAAACAACACCACCCUAAACCAGGCAUCCUCAAACUUGGCCCUCCAGAUGUUUUGGGACUACAACUCCCAUCAUCCCUGACCACUGGUCCUGCUAGCUAGGGAUGAUGGGAGUUGUAGUCCCAAAAACAUCUGGAGGGCCGAGUUUUGGGGUGCCUGCCUGAAACAGUCUCAGGAAUAAACCAGAGCAAAUAAAAACAGCCAGAUGAAAAUUUUAGUAAACAUCUGUGGUUUUUGCCCGACACCUGAAACAUUACAGUGAUGGGCGCCUGAGGUCCCUCACCUGGUUGGAAAUAACUUUAUAGUCUGGCUGUCACCAGCUGUGCUUCAUGGAGUUGAGGGAUCUGGAGCAGGACUUCAGGUGCUGACUGCAGCAUAUGAGGAGAAACACACAGGAAAGUAUGUUUCCUUCCAAAGGUACAGCUAUUUGUUUAGGCGGAUCAGAGAACCCAUUUAAAACCAGCAGCAGAAGUGUUUUUGAGGAAUAUUCCCCGGCUAUUGCAAACGUAAGGAGGUCAUGUGCGUGUUCUGAAUUGCAGCAGGGGCUACUGUUCCCCAAGCAGAUCCAGGCUUGACUGGGACAAUUUAUUUAUUUUUAAAACAACCCUAACAGGUUUCCCCUGUUAUCGUGAAGUGAUUGUGAUUAUUCUUCACAUUGUUACACCUGUGGUUCUCUGCAUCACAAGGUGAGAGAGGUAAUUUAUUACGGUCGGAGACCAGCUUAUAAAACACACUUGGGGGUACAGUCACAGAAGGAAAACAAACCAUUAACAUUAAAACGUUGUACAACAAUAAAUUUAAAAACAAUGUACAACAAUAAACAGCCGCAGGGAGCUGACCCAGUCACCCAAAGAACCGAGUUUGGGGAUUUUCUUAACGAACUAGUUUGAGUUGGGAGAUGGUCUGCGCCUACAGAUCUGUACACAAAAUCUGGCGACCAUCUUCUG